CCUCUCAACUGGACCUCGGCCCCCCCCCCUUUCCGUUUCAAACCCCAAAUCCAAAAAAACAACAACACUAUGUCCAUCCGCGGUGACAAGGCGAUUGUGAAGCAGGUGCUCUCUGGCGAUACGAUUGUGCUGCGCGGCAAGCCCGUGAACGGCCCGCCGCAAGAGAAGACGGUCUCGCUGGCCAACCUGGUCGUCCCGCGCCUGGCCCGUCGCUCGAACGACGCGAACGCGGCUGCCUCCGAGCCCGAGGAAGCGUUCGCCUGGGACGCGCGCGAGUUCCUGCGCACCCGCCUGGUCGGCCGCGAAGUCACCUUCAAGACCGAGUACACAAUCGCCACGAUGCAGCGCGACUUUGUCUCCAUCAUUGUCAACGGCGAGAACAUUUCCCAGCUCCUCGUCAAGGCUGGCCUCGCCAAGACUCGCACCCCGACCAACGCCAGCAAGAUUAGCGAGGAGCUUGUCGAGCUGCAGCGCAUCGAGGCCGAGGCACAGGCAGCCGGCACUGGCCAAUGGUCGACCAAAGAAGGCGAAGCUGCCAAGCACUCUCGCCAGGUCGUUUGGAAGGUCGAGAACUCGAAGGCGCUGUUGGAGGCACACCAGGGCAAGCAGGUCGAUGCUAUCAUUGAACAACUUCGUGACGCCUCCACGGUUCGCGUUCUGCUGCUGCCAAGCCACACGCAUGCCACCAUCCAGUUGUCUGGCGUGAAGGCACCGGGCUUCAAGCGUGCCGAGGGUAGCGACAAGGAAGAAGCCGAGCCGUUCGCGGAAGAGGCGCGGUUCUUUGUCGAGUGCCGCUUGCUCCAAAAGGACGUCAAGGUUGUGCUCGAAGCAGUUGCACCUCAGCCAAACACUUUUGUCGGCUCCAUCAUCCACCCUGCCGGUAACAUUGCCGAGGCUCUGCUGAGCGAGGGUCUUGCCAAGUGCAACGACAAGUCGAUCGGCCUCGUUUCCGUUGGCCGUGAAAAGUACCGCGCGGCAGAGAAGAGCGCCAAGGACAAGAAGGUCCGCCUCUGGAAGAACUUUGUCGCCUCUGCAGCAUCGUCCUCGGGUCCCGUGGACACUAUUGGCAGCGAGCGCACCGGCGUUGUGGUUGAGAUUGUUAAUGCCGAGACCAUCAUUGUGAAGGCGGAGGAUGGCGUUCACCGCCUCAACCUCUCCUCCAUCCGUCAGCAGAAGCCCAACCUCAAGGCGGCCAGCUCGGAUGCCGCCGAGGGUGCCGAGGGUGCUGAGCCCAAGAAGCAGGCCACCCCCGCAGCCAAGCUGACCAUGUACGACAUCCCGUGCGGCUUUGAGGCCCGCGAGUUUUUGCGCAAGCGCCUGAUUGGUCACCGGGUCAAGUUCACCGUCGACUACAUCAAGGCCGCCAGCGAAGGCUUCCCCAGCCGUACCUUUGCCACGGUCGUCCUCGACAACACCAACAUUGCCGAGGCCCUCGUCUCGCAAGGCUUUGUCACGGUCGUCCGCACCCGCAACGACGACGAUGUGCGCUCGCCGAUCUACGACGACCUGCUUGCUGCCGAGGCUCGUGCCGAGAAGGCCGCCAAGGGCAUUCACAACAAGAAGGACGCGCACACGCUGCGUGUGACUGACAUUACCGCCGACGCCAUCAAGGCCAAGCAGUUCCUGCCCUCCUUGCAGCGCGCAGGCCGCACCACCGUUGUUGUGGAAUACAUCAUGUCGGGCUCCCGCGUCAAGGUCUACCUGCCUCGCGAGAAGGGCACGGCCACGUUUAUGCUUUCGGGCAUCUCCUGCCCCCGUGCAUCCCGCGGCGCGACCGAGCCCGGCCAGCCUUUUGGCGACGAAGCACUUGCUCUUGUGCGCGAGCGCACUCUGCAGCACGAUGUGGAUAUUCUUGUGGAGGGCAUUGACAAGUCUGGCGGUUUGAUUGGUGCACUCUACCUGCCCAACAACGACAACCUUGCCGCUGUUCUUGUGGACCGAGGCCUCGCGACCGUCCACUCCUCUGCCGAGAAGCUGAACUAUGCCCGCGACCUCAUUAACGCCGAGCAACGCGCCAAGACGGCUCGCCUCAACCUCUGGAAGGACUUUAAGGAGGAGGUCAAGCCAACUGCCGCCGAGCUUGCUGCCGCCGAAGAGGUGGUCGAGCGCAAGGUUGAGUACUCCACCGUCGUCGUCACCGAAGUCACAACCGCUGUCAACCUGUGGGUCCAGAAGGAGAGCGAUCUCGCUCGCCUCGACACCCUGAUGGAAGGUCUGGCCAAGAGCUUUGAGUCCAACCCGCCCGUCACUGGCGCGUACAAGCCCAAGCUUGGCGAUCUCUGCGGCGCCAAGUACUCUGCCGACGGCAACUGGUACCGCGCCAAGGUCACCAAGGUGACUGGCAACCAAAUUGGUGUCCUGUUUGUCGACUACGGCAACUCGGAGACGACUACUCCCGCCAAUCUUGCUUCUCUCCCCGCUGCCUUCUCUGCUGCUGCCCCUGCUGCCCAGGAAGUGUUUGUUGCCUUUGCCGCCCUUCCUUCUGACCCCGAGUGGGCAAAUGCUGCCGUCGAGUUUGUGCGCGAAUGCGUUCUUGACAAGCAACUUCGCAUGAACAUUGAGUACAAGCGUGAGGGUCGUGCCUAUGUCUCGCUGCUUGAUCCCGAAACGAAGGACGAUCUGGCUGGCAUCCUUCUCGAAGAAGGUCUCGCUCUUGUUGAGCCUCGUCGCGAGCGCGCGCUGGCUGCUCUUGUUGCGGAGGCAACCAAGGCGCAAGAUGCUGCCAAGCGUGCUCAUCGCGGCAUCUGGCGUCACGGUGAUGCGAGCGUUGAAGAGGCGCGUGAGUUUGGUUUCACCGGCAAGGCUCGUUAAUCGUUGCACUACUGCAGUGCUCUCAUCGUUCCCUUUCUGCGUUUCUAACGCGACACACACGAUGGUCUUUCAAUAAAGCGGUUUGUCAGCUC